AUGUUUACUAUAUAUCCAAUGAAUAAAGGCGCUCAUUCUCAACAUGGUAGCUUUCUGUCUGGACACACUAGUGAUCCUAGUGCUGUAAAUCCCUCCACGGGCGCUGGUAUUAAAGCUUUUAACAUAAAUACCAGUCAAGACGCUUCCACUGCAUCCAACAUCCCAUCCAACCCUCAGUUGGAACAUAAUUUAAAUGCUACAACAGAUGUUGACCCAUCUUCUAGGGAAUCUGGAAACAAUGCUUCUCCAGAUCAGCAAUCUGCUCCAUACGGUUCUUCCACGCCGAACAAUCCUUCUCAGGCUGGAAAGUCAUCCUAUCCUGAUUCUGGUACUAAUGGUCCAUCAUAUGACCAUCAUAUUCCAAUAAACGGUUACCAACAACCAACUGGUUUCGCUUAUAUGCCAUUUCCUUAUUAUGGUCAACUACCGGGAUAUUAUUCUCCCAUCAAUCCAAUCCAACCAAUGUUUCCAGGUUCACCUAACCAUUCAUGUACAUAUAACAACCCAUACAUUCCAACUACUUUAUUUUACUGCUCUAGUGUUGGUCUAUUUAACUCCUGGGUUCAUUCCUUAAUAAAACAUUUGAUUGCUUCUGGUCUAAAAGAUUUGGUUCCUGAUUCACACGAUCGUACUGUAAGAGAUCCAACGCCAGAAGAAUCUCAAGGUUUAAUUAAUUUAUUUUUCACCCUUGUUCCUCAGAGCAGUUAUCCCGAUUGGGUUCAAGAAUGCUUUCACAAGCAAAUGCAUCCCUAUGAUGUUAUUCGUCAGGCCAUGACAUACGACAUUGAACGCAGUAAUGUCAAUACCAUUAUCAACACUAUUAGAUCUUUAAAAUAUAAUGGUGGCUACCCAGCAUUUCAAUUUACAAGUUAUCUCCAUAACUUAAUUGAUCAAUUGAACCCCACGGAUCUUCAAACCCACGAGUACCUGCUAAAACAAACAAUUCUUGAUACGUUAACAGGUACUUACGAAUCCAUUUCUAAACACUUUUUUAAGAGUGAUACCCCAUAUACUAUAAACGACAUUUUCUCUUCUAUCAAGAGAGAAUAUCAAUACUACCAUCAAGCUUCACAAAUUUCCGAUCCACAUUUUUCCCCUAAUCCUCCAUCUUCUUCAAAAAAACAGUAUCCAACAAAUCCAUCAGUGAAUAAACGAGCAAACAACACAUCUACUGUGUUGAACACCAAAAAUACUACAGUUCCUUCAACAGUUAAGCCAAAAGCCAAAUCUACCAAAGCUCGUUCUAAAAAGGUUAGCCAAGUUAAAACCCAUUCAAAUAGCACCUCUAUUCCUCAACAAAAUAACCCAGUCGAUCCAACCUUACUUAGGCCUAUUUCAACUUCACUAAAUCCUGCAUAUUAUAUGAUGCUAGAUUCCGGUGCUACGGUUACCCUUGUAAAACAUAAAGAGAUGUUGCACAAUCUUCGUGACUCUCAUCCUGAAUCUGUUCAAAUAACCUCAUGCUCCAACACGGAUAUCCCAUACGAUCAAGAGGGUGAUUUAAUUCUAAAAACAUUAAAUGGCAGCCAAAUAAAAAUUCAUGCCUUUUACACACCCACAAUUGAUCACACCAUUUUAUCUACUAGUGAUCUCCGUUCUCACCAUCUGUUUUUAAACGAGCGUCUCAACACCAUUGAAGAUGCUAAUGGUGAUGUUGCAGCAAACAUUGACUCCUCAAAUGGUUUACAUUGGUUAUCCAAUCAUCAUAUUGUAUUUCCAUCUACUGCAACUCGUAAAUCUGUAAAUGCGUUAAAAACUAAAUUUCCUUUAGACAUGAUUCAUCGCAUUUUAGGUCACGUCAAUGUUCAGUCAAUCUAUACAUCCAUCAAAAAUAAAACCUUCAAUAAUCUAUCUAUAGACGAAAUUGAUUGGUCUAACCUUAACAAUUUUCAGUGUCAGGACUGUCUCAAAGGAAAAAGCAGGAAGAGACCACAUAUUGUUGGUUCACGUCUGCAAUACCAGCAGGUGUUCAAACCAUUUCAAUAUAUUCAUUCUGACCUGUUUGGACCAGUAACUGUGGCUACAAAACCUGAAUGGUUUAUAUCGUUCACUGAUGAGGCAUCUAAGUUUAAGUGGACUUAUUUACUAAAAAGGAAAGAUGAUGCAACGAUCCUACAUGUCCUCAAGUCCUUUAUUGCGACUAUUGAGCGACAAUUCAAAACCCCCAUAUUAAAAUUCCAGUUUGACCGGGGAACAGAGUACACCAACUCUGCAGUAAAAACGUUUCUUUCUGAAAACGGUAUUCAAAUUGUUUAUACCGACGCAGGUGAUUCCCAAGCUCACGGUGUUGCGGAACGAUUAAAUUUAACAUUAUUAAAUGAUUGUCGUACUAUUAUGAAUAGUGCAAAACUCCCACACCACCUAUGGUAUUACGCUGUGCAAUAUGCAACUAUAAUCCGUAAUUCCAUAUAUAACAAUUCUAUGAGGGAUUCACCUCGGUCUAAAGUCGGUUUACUAGGACUUGAUACCAAGUCACUGCUACCAUUCGGUCAACCGGUCAUUAUUAACCUCAAUAAAACUGCCUCCAAAUUACAUGUCAGAGGUGAAAAAGGUUUUGCUCUAAUACCAGAUGCUGAAUCUUAUGGCUAUUUAUUUUACCUCCCAACUAAACGUAGGGUGGUAUCCUCAUCCAAUUUUGUUCCAAUUAAACAUGACGUUGAUAUUCAUGAAAAUGAAGAAUAUGAUGAUUCUAUAUUCGACGAUCUCAUCACAACUUUUAUAUCAAAAUUUGAACAUACUACAUCUUCAAAGGACGAAAUUGAAGCCACACCUUCUGAUAAUCAUAAAGAUACAGUUUUAUCUACUCUAUCCUCAUCACCCAAAUCAUCUUCCCUCGUUAACAAAGAUCCACUCUUUAAAGAUAAAAUUUUAAUUCAAAAUGAUGCUGAUGCUGAUUUGAAUAUCACCACCAAUACUACUUCCAAUUCAAAUCCAUCUAACAACCACACUACUCAUCCCACCUCUUCUGAUUUAGAGGAACUAAUCACUCCCAUCGACAUCAAUGAUCCUAAUCAACUACCCUUAACUCUUGUUGAACCUUCAUCUCAUCCUACUUCUGAUGAAUCAUCACCACUGCCCACUGCUGUCUCUACUGAUACUACAUCUUCAUCUACAUCUUCAUCUACACCACCAUCUAGUAAUCGUUCAUCAAAACUCACCCCCAUUCCUACUGAUAAUUUCUACGUUGACAAUAGUACCUUGGGUGGUACAAGAUCUGGUAAUCGUCAAAAGAACACCAAUGUAGAAACGCCUGAACCUGUCGAUGCCAAAGAACGGCAGAAGCGAGACAGGGACGAAAGAACUAAGGCACGUAUUGGUAAACGUAGGAAAACUACAAAAACAUAUGCAGUAAAUUACAUUGCUGCUACACGCCACACCAUAAACCAGGUCAGCAGUGAAGAGAACAACCAGCAUGGUCCAUUACAAUAUUUUCAAGCAAUCACACACAAUAGGGAUCCAAUUGAAAAAGAAAAAUUCCAAGAAGCAUAUGAUAAAGAGAUAUCUCAGCUGACGAAAAUGGGUACCUGGUCGGUAAAAACUAUUGAAGCUACAGAAGUAGACAAAUCCAAAAUUAUUAACUCUAUGUUUAUUUUUAGUGUCAAGCGAGAUGGUCAUCACAAAUGCAGGUUAGUUGCUAGGGGAGACCAACAAAAAGCUUCGACUUAUCAACCAGAUCUGAUGUCAAACACUGUUCACCAUUACGCUCUAAUGUCCUGUCUAUCAAUAGCUUUACAAAACAACUAUGAUAUUAUACAAUUAGAUAUAUCAUCUGCUUACUUGUAUGCUCCAUUGGAAGAAGAACUGUACAUUCGUUCUCCACCCCAUUUAGGAUUACGAAAUACAGUACAUAGACUAAAGAAAUCACUUUACGGUUUGAAACAGUCUGGUGCAAACUGGUAUAAGAAGAUAACCAAUUUUAUUAUUAAUAGUUGUCAUAUGAAUUUUGUACCAGGAUGGCCUUGUGUAUUUUAUAAAAAAAUCAAUGAUUCAAUCGUGAUAUUAUGUCUUUUUGUCGAUGAUAUGGUAUUAUUAACUAAUAAUCGUCAACUAAUAAAUGACCUUAUUUCUCAACUCCAAUCACAGUUCGAAACCAAAGUUGUCAAUGACGGUGCUCAAAAGAUUAAUCAAUAUGAUGUUCUCGGUCUGGAAAUAGAAUAUAUUAAAGGAUUAUCCAUGAAAAUGGGUAUGGCUAAAUCUUUAGAAGAAAAACUACCGAAUCUACGUGUAGACCUUAACAAAAGUAGAAAAGUCCCAGGAACACCUAAUGAAAUUAUAAGAGAAAGGGAAUUUUAUCCGACUGAGCAGGAGUACAAGAAUAAGGUGAAAUGGCUACAAAAAGCAAUCGGUUUAGCUUCAUAUGUCGGUUACAAGUACAGAUAUGAUAUAUUAUAUUAUGUCAACACGCUAGCUAGACAUACUCUAUAUCCAUCAAAACAAGUCAUGAGUCUAACCAAACAACUAAUUCAGUUUAUUUGGUCAACAAGGAACAAACGGCUCAUAUGGCACAAGACGUCCAACUCCAACAUUAACUAUUUAACUGCUGUAACUGAUGCUGCUUUUGCAAAUCAACACGAUAUGAAAUCACAAUUUGGAAAUAUGUAUUAUCUAAAUGGAAAUUUGAUUGGUGCUAGGUCAUCUAAGUCAACAAUUACAUGCACCUCUUCUACCGAAAGUGAAAUUUAUUCAAUUUGUGAAGCAAUUCCAAGAUUAAGAAAUUUAAAUGUUCUAAUUCAGGCUAUAUCAGACAAGGAGGUCAGGUGUUCAAUAUUAACUGACAGUCAAACUAGUCUCCAUCAAAUCAAAGUAAGAGACAUAUCAAAAAUCAAGAAUAAAUUUUAUGGUACUAAGGUUUUACGCAUUGCUGAAGAAAUUGAAAAUGAUAAUAUAUCAGUGAAUUAUAUUAACACAAGUCAAAACGUUGCUGAUAUUCUUACAAAACCUUUGAGUGUUAAAAUUUUUGCCAAGCUAACUGAGAAUUGGAUCUACUAA